UGAGCGCGCUCACUUCCCGAAGCAGCCUGUUUUGCUUUCGCUCUGAGCGCAGAAACAGAAAGAAACGAAAGAUAUACUUUCUUUUUUUCUCAACUAUAUUAUAGCUCUGGUUUGUUGCUGGCUUAGACUGCUAUCCUGGCAGCCGGACCGUGUGGCUCAAGUGCUGUUCGUGAAGAGCAGAAACUACAAUGCCAGUGGAGAGAAUGAGAAUGCGGCCGUGGCUGGUGGAACAGAUCAACUCCAGCCAGAUACCAGGACUCAAAUGGGUUAAUGAAGAGAAAAGAAUUUUCCAGAUUCCUUGGAUGCAUGCGGCUCGCCAUGGAUGGGACCUGGAGAAAGAUGCUCCUCUAUUCAAGAAAUGGGCGAUACAUACAGGUAAAUAUCAACCGGGUGUGGACCGUCCGGAUCCAAAAACGUGGAAGGCCAACUUCCGUUGUGCCAUGAACAGCCUGCCUGACAUUGAGGAAGUGAAAGAUAAGAGCAUUAAAAAGGGAACAAACGCAUUCAGGGUCUACAAAAUGCUCUCUUCCUCAGAGAGAAAUAUGAAGAAAGGAAAGAAAAGGACGGAUAAGGACGGGAGAUCAAAGCGCAGUAAGGAGGCUGCUUCUUCGUCGACAGACAGUCCAGUCAAACAGGAAGUGAUGAUGGAAGAAGCAGAUGAGCUCUCAUUGGCCAAUGAUCCAGAAGCCGUUCGGAGUUCAGUGGAAGAUGAUGUAAUUACCAGUGAGCAGCUUCCAUUUGUCUGUCAGACUAUUGAAGUGACCACAGAGAACGAAGAGCAGACUGUCAGCUCAUCCCACUCGUACCCUCUCCAGAUCUCCCCUGUAUCCUCCUGCAGUGGCAGCGACACAGACACUGACACGGAAGACAGCAGGAGGGAAGCAGGUGCCAUUUGGAAGCAAGACUACACCACGCCGGGUCUCAGGUUUCCGAACGUCUCUCUGCCCAGCAUGGCCACGUUUUUUGGCGGAAAGAAUCACUUGAAGUCAAAUUUUAAGGUGACCAGCACGCGUGACCCCUCACCCCUCAUCAGUUACCACAUGGACCGUUGGACGGCGCCUUUCAGUCAGAACUCCGCUGAACCCCCGUCUGCAAGCCACACUCACGAGAUGCGGGCCAGUGUCAUUAGGAAAACCUCCGACGUCACGACCUCCUGACCCCAGAUGGGUAGGAUCUCAUUUGUGCUCAGUGGGCGCAGGAAUAUCAGUGGCUUGACUUCAUGAUGACUCUCUGGAGACAUGGAGAUGUGAAUCUGACAAGGACACAAAACUGACCAUCACAAAGACUCGUCUUUACAGGUCUGUGAGGACCAACGCUGCCGUCUGUCACGUAAGCAUGUCACCAUCUCACGUUCCAUUUUAUGUUCAUCAAACUGUGGAUGGGUACUGUGUGCUUCUUUUCAUGGCUGUCAUCAUUCCUCCUGUUGAAGCAUGUUGACAAGAGCCAGUCGUGCCACCUCCAUAUUGGGAUCAGAGUUUUGAAACUGGGCAGUAACUUACAACACAGAGCUCUUCAAACAUUAACUUGCUUGAUUGACAGGUAGAUGCUUACAAGCCAACACACUUCGUUGUAGAUUUUUUAAAGAUAACAUAUUUAAUUAUGAGUUUAAUUAUUAUUAUUGUCUACUUAUUUUUUCCUUUGUUUGCCCCUGUAGUACAACUAGUCAUCAGCUUCUCUCUAAUUCUUUCAUUAAAAACUCAUCUUGUAGGUUAUUGUCACCAAACACUAAAGACGUCCUCACAGUGGCUCCUUUUCUUUUUAAAUGACAUCUUUGCUUAUGAAGUGUAGUACUGUCCAGCUGUGCAUGCUCAUCCCUUUCAGACUGUCAGUGUUUUCCUGUGAUGUUGCUGACAUCACAGUGACACCAACAGUAAGGAAACAACUCUCUUGUUCUGAAGGUAUUCAAAACAAUUCACCCUGAGUGCCGCUGUUAGUUUAGAUCACAGGAAAAGAGUGCUUUAAAAAAAAAAAAAGUUGACUUAGUGUUAGCAUCACCAGCAACAUGGUUGGCCAAAAGACAAGCAAGAAAAUUAUGUUUUAUUUGUUGAUGCUAAGAGGCAUUUUUAAUGAAAUGAUAUAUGAUCCAUUUUAAAAUCAUGGCCAUCAUUCAGUUUAAUACUAAAUAUAAUACCAAACAUAAUUUAUAUGUUUUUUCAGACAAUGUACGCUAAUAUAUGGGUGUGUGUCUUAAGCCACGAAUGCACUCUGACCUCUGAGAAUAAUGCACACAAAAUACACAAGAGCAAGAGUAAGGCUUGUCGCUCCUGAGCUCAUACCUUUCAGCACCAUAUUACUUUUUCAAACUUAGACCUGACGGCCACAUUAGCCGCUGCAUGAGGACAUUUCAUCCAUUACAGCUUGAUGGUGGAAAACACAAGUAAGGGAAAACUGUGUACUACGUAUUUGACAGGACAUUAGAAUUUCACACAUUUCAGUAAUUGCAGUAGUAGUAGUAGAGAUAAGCAAGCCACAUACAACUACUGCAAAAAGUACUUCCUCAAGCAAGUAGAAAUAAUAACAGACAAAGAACUGCAGAAAUAACAAACCCAACAGACGGAAGCGAGUGAUGCAGGAGUCCAUAGAGAGAUGCACCUCAGAGGAACUGGGUGUUGAUGACCAGCAUCACAGGAAGUUAAUCUUACCAGAAACCCGAAACAACACUAAAUGGUCGAGUUUUUAUUAAUUUUGAUUUCUCAUCUGUUGAUCUGUUGCAGUUUGUGGAAGCCAGAGGAUGUGAUAAAGCCAAUUGGAGACCCAAAGAAAACAACAUAUUUAGCAUUAAAUAAACAACCAAACAUUUUAAAAACGUUUCCUGUAAAUGAGGAAAUAGGUACUGUUCCAGGAAUAGAGCUGAUAUAUUGAACAUCUGAAAUUUCAAAAUAAUAAUCAUAAUAAUGGAAUGGAGCUAGAGUUGGAUGACCCUUGAAUCACAUGACUGAGAAGGAAGUGUCUCCCUGACCUGCAGGAGGAAUGAGCAGCUGAUGAUUUGAUUUAUGAUCACACUUUUUGAAAUCAUGAAAACAUGCUCUGUUUAGUUUGUUUGGUAUUUCAAAGACCAAGCAUCCUGACGCUGAUUUGUGCAUGUGUUUUAAGUUCGAUGUGAUGUUUUUACGCUGUUCAUGACAAACUUUUGAAAUCACCGUGAGUGAUUCUGCACUGUAGGGCCUCUGAUUGGACGAUUGUCACUUCACACCCUCACAUAGGAAUGUUGUUGUGUGCUUCCAUUGGUGUGUACAACUGCAGACAGCACAGCAUUCCUUUAUGGCCCGUUUGCUCUUUCUUCUGCCUCCUAGUGUUCAUAAUAGCUAGUAUUUUUUUUUGCACCUACAAGCUACUUCUGCGCCUUACUAGCGUGCAAGCCUGCGCCACUGUGUGUGUGUGUGUGUGUGUGUGUGUGUGUGUGUGUGUGUGUGUGUGUGUGUGUGUGUGUGUGUGUGUGUGUGUGUGUGUGUGUGUGUGUGUGUGUGUGUGUGCGCGUGUGUGUGUGCGCGUGUGUGUGUGCGCGUGUGUGUGUGCGCGUGUGUGUGUGCGCGUGUGUGUGCGCGCGUGUGUGCGCGUGUGUGUGCGUGUGUAUCUGGAGCAUAAGGAAGUGCUUUGAUUUAGUGCUCAGAUGAUCUAUGCUGGAGGCGCUGCAUUCAAACUGGAUGCGUCUGGUAGACCAUUUUUUUAAUCCCACGCUCCUAUUUCAUGAUCCACCUACUACCAGUAGUACAGAUAUGGCAUUCUUGGUAUCAACUGAGCCUGUCUGGACUCCCUGUUAAGGAUAAACUGUAGGACUAAUGCACAGAUCUCUGUAAGGAUCACUUUCAACCUUGAGCCACAUUUUUUUUUACAUAGAGUCCAAACUGAGGUGCUUUAAAAUGCUUUGGUUUGUUUGAGAAUAUGACUCUCACGGCCCAUACUCACAUUGUCGAAGCUGCUGCUCUUGCCUUCUAAUCACUAACUGCCAAUCCAUUGCCAGGUGGAUGACAGAGUAAGAGCGGUGGGUGUGGCAGCGACGUCUUUUGUUGGGAAAUAAAUGACGUUCUAAACCUGUUCCUUCCCUUGCAAAUAUCUGAGUCAUGAAUCAACAAGUCUCUCAGAGUGGCUCACUUUUUUGCAAAACAUAAUCAGCAGCAAGGGUGGCAUUUGAGUCAUUUAUUUACUCACGACCAGUGCUGUUUUUAACUGCAUGAGAUUUGACGCAGCGCACAGACGGGUUGUAACCGGUCAAUGUUCUGCUGCGUUGUGCCAAGCCAUCGUAAAACCGUCCACAAGAAGUCAGACUUGCACAUGUCUUCAGUGUGUUACAGUUGAAAAGCGCAGAGUAAAGUGUGUUUACCUGGAGCUCACGGCAGAUAUGAUCUUGACGGGACGCACUUGAAUCAGACACUUUUUACUUCAGCGUCGCACACUGGCAGAGAAUCUUCCUGCUGUUAUGUCUUCUCAUCACCUUCUUCGUUCCCAUGUUUGGUUCAUCACCGCAGACUAUAGUUCUAUCUACUACGCACUUACACGGCCAAUCGUUUAUGUUGUAAAGGAGUGUUCAAUGCACUGAGACGUAGUGAAGAUGAGGCUCAGGGUAGAGGCUCCAGAUAAGAUCUCACCAAAGGCUGUUGAUGAUUUUACACUGGAUGUUUUUCCUCAUCGUCAUCACGUUAAAAGGGCUUUUGGUUCUUUUGUUGACAGCAGUUGUCAAAGCAUUGCUUUCCCUGGUCCAGCUCUGCACAAACUUUGACUCUUCUCUGGAAGGAUUGAUGUUGUGAAACCCCUACUGUGUGCAAAGUGACCAAAGAGAAAAGAAAAUGAAUAUUUAUGUAUUUAUAUGGCAGGUCUGUGAGUAACUGUUCGCACCAAGGUCUUCAGACUGGGAAACUUGUCCGUCUGCGUGUCUCUGAGGAUCCAAACUAAUGUGUCAUGAAAAGUUAUUGUGUGCCAAAUACUUUUAAGUGUGCGUUUGAAUUUGUGUCAUUAAAAUCAAA